UUGACACGCGGCCUAGUUGUUUCGAUGAACUACCUAACAAUGUGUUCUAUUUAAAUAAAUAUUUAAACGCAUUCAACUCCCCAAGUUAGUUGCAGUAUACACAAACGUACAAUUCGAAUCACCCGCCAUUUUCGUUGUCAUAUAGUCAGCUGACAUACCGACGUAAACAAAAACAAUGUUUUAGUAUUUUGCUGUAAUUAAGUGAAUUUUAUUACAAUAAGUGAUAAGUUAAACGUGUGAAAUUAAUUUUUCUGUGAUUUUUGUGUCUAUUAAGAGUGAUUAUAAAAGAAUAAAUAUGAAAGUUGUUUGGAAAGAUGAGCUAACCUGCAAACCUCUAGAUACGUACAACGAGAUACUUUCAUUUCUUGAAGAUCCUCCUCCUUGGAGGAGUCUUUGUAAAGAAUUAACACCACACAGCGAGUUAUCAAUAAGGAACACAGAUAUUAAUAAACAAACAUUUUCUGUUUUGGAAGCGCCAGAAACAUUUUGCCAUUUCAAUCCGGAUGCGGAAGAAGUGCGGCGACAUGAUGCAAAAACACUUCCCAAGACUUUGGUUUGCCAUGAUAUGGCUAAUGGAUAUCAUGACGAUUGUGUGAUAGACGGCACGGGCCAGCAUGACGCGUACACCUUCUACAACUGGUCUGGCAUCGACAUCUUCUGCUAUUUCAGCCACCAUCUCAUCACUAUUCCGCCGCUCGGCUGGAUCAACGUGGGCCACGCGCACGGAGUCAAAGUUAUUGGUACAGUGAUCACGGAGUGGGCGGAGGGCGUGGUGUUCUGGGACAAGAUCCUGGAUUCGGAGGUGGAGUACCAGAACUUCGCGAGUGCCCUUGUCGCCAUAGCCAAGACCUUGAAGUUUGAUGGUUGGCUGCUCAAUGUUGAAAAUAAGAUCGCAAAGCCCGAUGCCCUGUUAGCGUUCGUGCAGUACCUCCACCGCGCGCUGCACGAGGAGUUGCCCGCGCCCGUGCUGGUGUGGUACGACAGCGUCACCGUGCAGGGGAACCUUAACUGGCAGAACGGACUUAACGAGAAGAACAAGGCGUUCUUCGACGCGUGCGAUGCGUUCUUCACGAACUAUUCGUGGUCAGAGGCGAACAUCAAGACGAGUGUGGAGACGGCGGGCGAGCGACUCACCGACCUCUACAUCGGGAUCGACGUCUGGGGACGGAACUUCUACGGCGGCGGACAGUUCAAUGUGCAGGCGGCAGUACGCCUAGCGCACACCUACGGUUGCUCGCUCGCGAUCUUCGCGCCCGCCUGGACUCACGAGAGCCUCAGUGAGGAGAAGGGGGACCUCAACUCCGUGGCGAUGGCUGACGGGCUCGACCGCUACGGACAGUUCCUACUGCGGGACCGCGCGCUCUGGGGCAGUAUCUGGAAGUACCUUAACACGAGGUUACCUUCCCAACUGCCUUUCCAGACCUCUUUCUGUAAAGGACAGGGGUUGAAGAGACGGCUUUACGGCGAGGUGCUAUGUCCAGUUCCAUGGUAUAACCUUCGCCACAUGCAUUACCAGCCCAACUCCGCCCACGGACCUCACGGAUAUCUACUCUCAACGGUAGACAACAUCCUCCACAUCUCCUGCCACGAGGUUCGUCGCGACCAGUCCGGCGCCAUCGUCUACAACGAGUCUUUUCAGAUGAGCAGGCUGGAGCUGCACUCUGUCAGCAAGGACCUCUCCAUCCUCCCGAAAGCUGACAGCCUCUUGGCCAUUAAUGAGGAAGACGAGGGAUCUGAUGAAGUAGACGAAGAAAGACCAAAGUCGGUUAAGAGGAAAAUGAAGAAUGCCUUCAAACAUCUAUUCAUGUUUAAGUCGCAGAAGACUGAAGAGGAAGAGUUUGUAGCCGGUCCGUCAGGUCGCUCCAUGGUGCAGAUGUCUACGUAUUUGCAUCUAGGUCAGUCGGCAGAGAAGCUCCGUUUUGGGCUAGCCCAUAUCGCUGAAGAGCGUGAAUGCUUGGAGCAUUUCAUGGACGACAGUUUCAUAGGUGGCUCUUGCCUUAAAAUAAAUCCGUCAGACAAACUAUCUCCAGAUCACAGAUUAACCAGAUUAUUCCAUUGUGAUUUCCAAUGCGAAGAGUCUUUGAUCGCAUGCGUGGUUACUAAAACCGUGAUGGGUUUCCAAGAGCAGUACCUCAACGUGAAGUUGUUUAUGAAGAAUGCCAAGGGGGAGGAUCUGACGGUGGUGCUGGUGGGGAGGUCUUUGGCUCAGAUGCGCAGUAUGGAUAGUAACGCGACCGGUGUGCUGAAUGUGGCGCCCCUAGACCCUGGCUCCGCGGAGUUUAGGGAGAUCCGGAAGUACAUGCUGCUGAAUCAGCCGGCCUUCUAUAUGCCUGUUGAGAACUCGUAUGGAUGGGUGGUGAGGUACUACGAGCUGCCCCUGCCCGGGACGCUCAUCACGUCGGUGAACCUGCGCACGGGGCUGGAGCAGGGCUCCAUCCUGCUGGGACACUUCGGCCUCUGUCACAAACUAGAGAAUCCUGACUAACACUGCCAGAUGUAGUGAUAUAUUGUUACGAGAUAAAUAAAUAUAAUAUACUGUUUUA